UUUUUUUUCCCUUCAUAGUCAGAUAUCCUCUCUCCGCCAUUGCUCACAUUUCUUCCACAGCGAAGAGGAACAGGAAAGCUGAAAAGAUAGUAGUAAUGGAUUCGCCGAAGAUGAUACCACUCGAAGGACGUGCGGACGAUCCACUCCGUUAUGGAAUUCACGGCGUGAAGAGCGACAUUAUUGAACCUCACCCCCUUGAAUCUGCCUACCGCUCUGCGAAGGUUAGGCAAGAAGACAUGAAGAAGAGAAUCCUAGCGAAUACUUAUGGAGCAGCGUUUCCGAUGAAGAUGGAGCUCGACCGCCAGAUUCUCUCCAAAUUUUUUCAACGGCCACCUGGAGCUAUACCGUCUUCAUUUGUGGGUUUAGAGGCCUUGACUGGAACUUUGGAAGGUUUUGGUUUUGAAGAUUAUCUGAAUGAUCCCAGGGAUUCUGAAUCAUUCCGUCCGGUUGACAUGCAUCAUGGAAUGGAAGUGCGUCUUGGACUGUCAAAAGGACCAGCAUGCCCCAGUUUCAUGUGAACCAUUGAGCAAUUGUCCAGUACUGAAGUUUAGACCUUGUAUUGCUAAAUUAGAUUUUUUAUUUGUUUUUCCUUUACAACAAUGGAUGCUAUCAAUAUUUGAACAUAUUUGGGUGGUCAAAGCAUCAGAGCAUUUUGGUGUGAUUUAUUGGUGAUCUUCGGUUGUUUCAUAAAACUUGCCAA